UUGCCUGUCUCUCUGCUGUGUGGUUUGGAGAACGGAUGCCUUUUGGGGAUCUCUGUCCCCGCCAAGCUAAAAAGGCACUUUUCUCCAUUUUCUGAUGGUUUAUUUUCAGACGUUGAGGUGCCAACUCUGGAACGGGAAAGAUCGUCUGGUGCUUUUGGAGAAAUGACCCCCAGCUGAUAACCUUUGCUGUGUCUCAGUGAUGCUCAUCUUGACCUAACAGGAUGUACCAGCUUGUGAAAGAAGAAUCCACUUAUGGAACUAAUGGCAGUGAUGACAACAUGAGUCUGGACCAAAGGAGCAAAAGGCUUCCCAUGAAACUAUUCAGGGAGUCUUGCCAUGCUGAGCAGAUCCUUCAGACUCUCAACUCCUAUCGGCGGGAGGCCAUCUUUACCGAUGUGGUGCUGAUGAUGGACGGGCAGGAGUUUCAUUGCCACCGGGCCACUUUGUCAGCCAACAGCACCUAUUUCCAGGCCAUGUUUGCUGAGGGGCUAGAGGAAGGCUGCCAAGGCAUUGUCAACCUUCAAGCAAUUCAUGCUCCAAGCAUGAGCCUUGUCUUGGACUAUAUGUACAGUGGAGAUGUCUCCAUCCAAGAAGACAAUGUGGAAGGACUCCUUGAGCUCUCCAGUUUGCUCCAGAUCCCCAGACUCAAGGACGCCUGUGUCGCCUUCUUGGAAGGCCAGCUUCACACAUGCAACUGCUUGGGCAUCAUGAGGUUUGCCAGUUCCUUCUCCAUCUCCUCCUUGGCUGAGAAAAGUAAGAGGAUUGCCCUAGAAGGUUUCAUAGAGGUGUCUCAUCAAGAGGAAUUCCUGGGGCUUGAUGCCAAGGAACUUGAAAUAUGUCUCUCAAGUGACUGGCUGGCAGUCCCCAAGGAGGAGGUGGUCUUUGAAGCCCUGAUGAGAUGGGUGCACCAUGAUGUGGCUUCCAGGAGAGGGGCUCUGAAGGAUCUUCUGGAACAUGUGCGGCUCCCUCUUAUGGACCCUCUGUAUUUACUGGAGAAGGUGGAAGGGGACAAGCUCAUCCAGGAGUCCAAGGAGUGUCUCCCUUUGCUGCAAGAAGCUCACAAAAGUUACAUCCUGGGCACAGAGGUUGGCUCUCGACAUUCUAGACCCAGAAGAUUCAUGGAAUUAGCUGAGAUGAUCGUUGUGAUUGGAGGCUGUGACAAGAAAGGCUUUCUGAAGCUCCCUUUUGUGGAUGUGUUCCAUCCAGAGAGCAGGCAGUGGAAGCCAUUGUCCAGCAUGCCUGGAUAUACCAAAUCGGAAUUCGCAGCUUGUAUCCUGAAGAAUGAUGUCUACAUCUCUGGUGGCCAUGUCAACACCAGAGACGUCUGGCUGCUGAGUUCCCAGUUGAACGUCUGGAUCAAAGUCGCAGGCUUGCAAAAGGGCCGAUGGAGACACAAAAUGGCUGCUCUUUGUGGGAAGAUUUAUGCUGUGGGUGGCUAUGAUGGCGUUUACCGCCUGGCCAGUGUGGAAUGCUAUGACUCCUUCUUGAAUCGCUGGGAUGCCGUGGCACCUUUGCCCGUGGCUGUGAGCUCAGCUGCAGUGGUCUCCUACCUCAAGAAGCUCUAUGUCAUUGGGGGUGGUCUGGACGACAAUGCCAACACAGACAAGGUCCAGUGCUAUGACCCAGAGGAAAAUCAGUGGAGGAUGCUGUCCCCUGCCCCUUUCAGUCAGCGAUGCAUCAAUGCUGUCAGCUUGGACAACUUGAUUUAUGUCGUGGGAGGGCUCCUGAAUCAGAUCUUCAGCUACAAUCCCCUGAAGGAUACGUGGACCAAAAUGGCAUCUUUGUCUGAACCCCUAGAGAGCUGUGGCGUCACCAUCUGCGAUGGCAAGAUCUACAUCCUGGGAGGCAGAGAUGAGAAUGGGGAAGGAACGGACAAGGUCUUUGCUUUUGACGUAGCUACAGGGUCAGUGGAACCACAGCCCCCUCUGCAGCGCUGCACCAGUUACCACGGUUGUGGGACUAUCCUCUGACACACAAGUAGAUGAUGCAGUGGCUAUUCAUCUCCUUUCCUCUCCAUUACACUCCUUGUACCCCUUAUCCACCUUGAAAGGGCACCAAAACCAGAUGCCAAAAGAUGUACCUUUCCCCUGCACUUUCUGGCUAUCCUUGUGCAAAAUGUGCUCCUAAUGUGAUGUCUGAUCUUCUCCACAUUCUCCCCUUUCCUCCUCUCAUCAUUUUCUUUAUUUUUCUGUCUUCAGCAAUUCCCUGCCUCCUCCU